AUGAGCAACAGCGUCUCCGACCGCGUGUCGAGCUUCAUCUCGCACAACAACCCGCUCAAGAGCACGUCGGUGCACAACGAGCUGGACCGCGCCGCCGCCUGGAACUACGGGCCCGUCUCGAUCCUCGCCGCCUUUGCCGGCUCCCACCUCAUCCUCCAGCACCGCCUGCCCAAGCUCUUCUACGGCGUCGACGACAACGUCUACCCGCGCCAGGACCUCCACGGCGACAGGGCAGAGCGCCACGUCGCAACCGGAAAGCUCACCCGCGCACAGCUCAACCGCCUCCGCAGGUGGGAGGCCGCACACUACAACUCGGUCGAUCACCUCCCCGUCUUUGUCGGCGCCGUCCUCUCGCUCCAGCUGGCCGGCGUGCCCAACCGCCUGACGAACCGCGUGUGCGCAGUCUACCUGGCCGCCCGCGCCGCCUACGCCGGCCUGUACAUCACCGUCGAGAGCGAAGGGCUGAGCUGGCUGCGCACCCUCGCCUGGUGGACGUCGAACCUCACCUGCAUCUACGCCUUCGUCGAGUCGGCAAAGCGCAUCAACCACAACGUCGGCACCGGCACCGUCGCCCUCUAG